UGAGAAAUGAGUUGAUCGACAUGAUAAUUCAUCGUUUUUUCAAGCACAAAUACGAAACAUUCACUUGAUUAAGCGGCUCACUUGAGGGGAUUUACUUCUUUUUUUGUCUUCUGUGAUUGUAAACUGACUAUAUUUUGGUUUUGGACUGUUUAUUAUUAGACAUCACUUUGGGCUUUAGGGAAUUGUGACAUUUUUUUUCAGUAUUUUCUGACAUUUAAUAGACCAAACUGUCCAAUAUUAGAGAAAAUAAUGUGCAGUGCGCACCUGGCAGGAGGGUCUAAUGAAGACUUGCUGUUGAACUGCAUUGUGGGAAAUGUAAGCACCAGCAUCUCUUGGAGUUUGACACAGAGGAUGUCUUGUUUACAUUUUGACCAUUCUUUUUUUGGAUGUCUCUCCCAAAACUUUAUGAAAGUGUAACAGCCUACUAAGCUCCACAGUCCCUCUCAACCUUUUUACCUUGCAGACAUGGAGGAUUUGUGUUUUAGUCAGUGUGCCACAUUGAGUUCAGCCCCUUCGGCUGGAGGCUCGGGUUUAUCUGGAACCAAAGAGGAAGCCAUUCAGGAGCUGUGCGCCGUAAGCUAAAGGAAGGAUCCGUGCGGACGCUGGGGGGGAGUGAGAGAGGACCGGGAACCGGGGAUUUGACCUUUUCCGCAUAAACUCGGUGUUUGUGAGGGCGAGCGGAGGAGCCAUGACUGUGUUCUCUGCGCUUUGGGUGCUCUUACUGUGCCAGCUUUUGACAUCAUCCUCAGCCCAGAGGCCGGGCCCCAGAGGAGCUCCUGGGCCAGCAGGACCCACAGGGCCACCGGGAAGGGAUGGCACCGAUGGUAAAGAUGGACCUGCUGGACUGAUGGGGAAAUCAGGUCCCAAAGGGAAAGCAGGAAUAUCAGGGGAAGCAGGAAAACCAGGCCUGCCAGGACUUCCAGGAGUGGACGGUUUGACAGGCCCCGACGGUCCUGCUGGGAAGGAUGGACCCGGAGGGGAAGCAGGGGACUCCGGACCUGCCGGGCCGCCUGGAUCUCCUGGCAGAGGGAGACCAGGAGCUGCAGGACUACCUGGAACCAACGGGUUGCCAGGCGGACUCGGACCCCAGGGUGCCGUGGGUGCUGAGGGUAUUCCAGGACUUCCCGGACCUUCGGGCUCUGAUGGACCACCAGGUUUUCCUGGUACUCUUCAUGAUCUUAGCGGUGACCUUCUGUGUCCUGCUAUCUGCCCUUCUGGUCCCUCUGGUCCUUCUGGGAUGCCAGGAUUCAAGGGUCACACAGGGCACAAAGGAGACAAGGGAGAGCUUGGAAAGAAUGGAGAGAAGGGUGACGCUGGUCCAUCUGGCCCACCAGGUAUUCCAGGGACUGUGGGUCUGCAGGGCCCACGUGGUCUCCGAGGUUUACAAGGCCCAAUGGGAUCCGUAGGAGACAGAGGCCUGCCUGGUUUCAGAGGCAAACAUGGCAUCGCUGGCAUCAUUGGAAAGACAGGUGAUGUUGGAGAACAUGGACCACAGGGAUUCAGAGGACCCAAAGGAGAAAUUGGUAAAUUUGGUCCCAAAGGAGGUCCUGGAGGAUCCGGACCUAAGGGGGAACCUGGUAUUCCUGGCAGAGAUGGAAAAGAUGGCACACCAGGAUUAGAUGGUGAGAAGGGUGAUGCUGGACGCCAUGGGGUAGUUGGAGAGAAAGGACCAAACGGACUUCCUGGUCUACAAGGAAAGGGUGGUUCAAAGGGGUCUAAAGGAGGAGUUGGUGAUCCGGGGAAGGCCGGGGAGACGGGACCCUCUGGAGAGCCAGGUAUUCCUGGUGAUAUCGGCGUCCCAGGAGAGAGGGGGAUAGCAGGACCCAGAGGAGUGGCUGGAGGUAUUGGACUAGUGGGCAACUCUGGACCUCAGGGAGUGAAAGGUUUCCAGGGGGUGAACGGAGCGUUGGGGGAUCCAGGUCUUCCAGGUCCAACUGGAAUCCGUGGAGAGUUUGGUGAAAGGGGUCCAGUUGGAGCUUAUGGAGCUAAAGGAGACAUGGGUGUGGCAGGAAGUGACGGUUUACCAGGAGAGAAUGGAGAACCUGGUCCUUUUGGCCCAGUUGGACAAAAAGGAGAGUCAGGAACGCGGGGGGAAUUGGGACCUAAGGGCGUGCCAGGUCCACAAGGAGAGCUUGGGGCACGAGGGCCUCCAGGGAAAACCGGAGUAAUGGGCUUCCAAGGGGAGCAGGGUCUGCCUGGAAUUUCAGGAAAGACAGGUGUACCCGGUAAACUGACGAGUGAGCAGCACAUCAGAGAGCUGUGUGGCUCGAUGAUCGAUGACCAGAUUGCACAGCUGGCGGCUAACCUUCGAAGACCCCUGGCCCCUGGAAUGGUGGGCCGCCCCGGCCCUGUAGGGUCUUCAGGAAAGACAGGAGUUGCUGGCUCUUAUGGACAUCCAGGUUCCCGUGGACCACCAGGGUACAGAGGUCUACCAGGAGAGCUUGGAGACCCCGGUCCCAGAGGUCAAGUUGGUGAGCAGGGCGAUAAGGGAACUGUUGGCAAAGCUGUUGAUGGGCCCGCUGGAGACCAAGGAUAUCAGGGUCUUCCAGGAGUAGCUGGAAUUGUCAAAGAUGGGCGUGAUGGAUCUCCAGGAGAUCCAGGUGAGCCUGGAGAGUCAGGCAGGGUAGGUAGGACUGGGCACCUGGGAACACCUGGAAUCUGUGACACAUCAGCCUGCCAGGGAGCAUCGGUCGCUGGAAAAUCCUCCAACCCCAAAAACCAUUAAACAGUGACUUCCUGAACCCUGAUGCCAUCCACCCCGAGGAGGAAGGGUGAUAAGUGAGGGAAGGGAGGAAUGAAAGAAGAGAGUGAUCACAAAAAUGUCCUCUUUAUUAAAAUACGUGUAUCACAAGAUGGGAAGCGUAACAUCAAACAGGUGUGAUAUUUUGAGAGGAAUAGAGGAAAAUCUGAGGAGUGAAUACCAGAGCAACUGAGAGACAAAGACAUCCAGAUGACAUCCAGAAUUGAAGCGGACAGAGGCCCAAAGGAGUCCAAGAGAACAACUACAUUGCUCCAAAUUAUACAGUAUCAAAUAACAAGACUUGACUUACAAACAACUGGAAAAUGAAUUAUGAGUCCUUUUGUAUUUAAAAACUUUGUACAUGUUUCCAUGCCCCCCCCAUUACCUGGGUUAACAUUCUUCUGGCAGAUGACUCGAAAAACAACAGUGACUCUGAAGUGAAUGUGAAUGUGCAUGUAUCAUGGCCCAUUAAUGUCAAUCACAGGUGUUACCUCAACAUACAAGCUUACAAUGUAAAAUAUGGAAAUAGGCGACAGAGGCAAAAAGACUGUCAAGGAGCUGUGUAUGUAUUGUAAAAGGAAUAAAAAACACAAAUACCCAGGUGCCCAGAAAUUGUGUAGAUUAAUGCAAAAACUUAAAACUUUUGAUAGUCUUGUUUUUUUUUGUUUAAAAUGACAUGUGAAGUUGAUUCUCUAGAUUUGAGAAUCAAAAACAACAUAAAACGUGUGGAUGCAUAAAUCAGACAUUGUAAAAUAAAUUUAAGAAUUUUAGGAUCAAGGUCAUUUUGUUUUUGUUCAUCUACAAUGACCACAUCCACUAUGUACUACCGGUGCUGUAACUAUUAAAUAUACAUGACCUUAAAUACUAUUUAUUAUUUGUGGGUGACUGUUGUAUGUACAGUAAGAUGCUACAGCGACAUGUUGUAAGAAAGAACAAAUAAAGCCACUUUUCAGUAAAAGAUUACUCUUCUCUACAU